GUAGAGUGAUGCCGGGCUGUUUGGUGUUAAAAUCUAGUACACAUCGUCCGUGUUUUCACGUACUUGUUUUUUUUUAAUAUUGUUAAUUUUAAGUGCUGCGUCCCACUUAAAAUUGUGGAAAAUUGAAGAAUAGUGUGUAUUCUUUUCGUGUCAAUAAUUUAAGCUAUCUGUUGGUGCAUUCGUCUAGUAAAAAUGAGUUCAAACGAAAAUACGUCGAACAAAGCUGCAGAUAAUGGAAAGAAGUUGAAUGUCGGUAAUCUGCCCUCUGAUGUGACCGAAAGGGAACUACGUGACCAUUUUAAGGAGUUUAUUGUCGAGAGUGUGGAAGUUUUCCACUAUUUGAAGUACACGAUUGCCCUGCUGCUGUUUCAGGAUAAGGAUACAGCUACCAAAGCUCUGCGGGCUAGAGAUGGGUCAAUGUUCCGUGGUCGUCGUCUUCGUAUGCAUAUCGAGUACAUCGCCAUUUGGAAUAUCAAGAAAAACGUCUUCGUUACCUUAGUGGAUGACGAAACAACCGAAGAGCAAGUGUACGAUAAGUAUGAAAAGGUUACCGAAAUAACCGGUGUGUUGGUUUUCCAUCCUUUGGCGUAUAUUUCCUGCAAGUCCCAGGAAGCUAAAGAAAAUGCCAUCAAGGAGCUGAACACAGAGGAAGUAACGGUUUUUGAUGUCACCGGACAUGACCAGAAUCAUCAUAUUGAAAUCUGGCGUGCGGCUAAGCUUUUCUAUCGAAAUCUUAAUCGAGUUUCCUUAAUUAAUUUACCCGAAAAUUGGGUAUCAAAUGAGGAUCAACUCAAGAAAGCUAUUGAAGGCACCGGAACGCUGUCGGAAGUAAAGGUCAUCAGUAACAGCCACGGCUCAGUCGCACAGCUGUUCUAUGAGGAUGAAGAAACUGCUCGUAAUGCUGCGCUGACACUCAAUCAGCAAGUAUUUGAGGGUAAACGUAUUCAUGCUCUCCAUAUUACUGCUGCCCUCAUCCCCAACUAUGACUCCAGUGUUUAUCUAACAGGAUUGGAUAAAUCGAUUUCUGAAGAAACAGUGUACACACAAUUUGAACAGUUUGGCGAAAUUGAGUUUGUUAGUCGACGCAAGUGUGCAGAUGAGCAUGCGAUCAUUUGUUUCAUGAAUCCCGGUUCGGCUGAAAGGGCGUUACAGUGCAAAUCACUGCCAGUUCCCAAACCAAGCAGCAGUGAAACUGAAGACCGGAAUAUUGGUGUAAAACGGUUCAAUGGUCCUUUAAUUAUUGAUCUUAAGCCAUCACACGUUAAGAAGUUACUGGAAGAUGGCGAAGAAUCCAAAAUGCGUCCACCACCUUUGCCAUUGGCAAAGCUUUGGCCGAUUUAUGUUGCUAAUUUACCGUUUACCGCCGAUAAACGUGACAUCCGUGACUACUUUUCCAGCGUUGGUGGUCACAUUAAAUUUAUUUUCUCACCAAAUAUUCCGGCGUACAAAACAAGCCAAACAUCAAUGGUGAUGGCCGCCUUAAUCUACUACGCUCGCCGAGAACAAGCAAACGAUGCCAUCAAAGCCUUCAAUGGGAAGCACUUCCAAAAUCGAUGCCUUCACGUGUUUCCCGGACGUAAGGACACCUACUUCAACCCGGAAACCUCCGUACGAUUGGUUAGACUCACUAUAGGUGCGACGGAAGAGAAACUUUUUGAGCGCUUCCGCAAGUUCGGAUUUAUAGAGUGUGUCGUUAAACGGAAUCGUAACACUGCUUUGAUAGAAUUUAAGGACAAAGCCGUUUGCAAUAAAGUAUUACAGUUGGCAGACAGCGAGAAGCCAGUUCGGUGUGGAAUAGAACCUUUGACGAGCCGAGUCAAUCGUAAGAUUUUCAAAGAGAACGAUGAAAAGAUCUCACUUGCUAUGCAGGACAUCAUUGAUAAAAAUCCAGCUGUGUUGGAAAAUGUAUCGCUUCAUAGAUUCAGUGGGCCACCACCACUUAAACGAGGGCGUUUUAAUGGACCAGAUCAACAGAACUUCAAUAACAAUGGCGCCAACAAUCGCAAUGACUUUAAUAACGGUGGCAAUGGUAAUGACCUCAGUAAUCCGCAGGUUAUACAGGACCUGUUACGGUUGGCAUUUAUCUCAGGUAAGAAUCUCGGCGAAGGUUUGGCAAGUGGCGGCAGCAACCCUUUCAGCUCUGCAGAUUCAGCUUUGGCCAGUCUGAAUCUUUCCAAUGGGUUCAGUGGACGCAACUUUGGAGGGUUGAGUAACGGCAACUUUGGAAACGGUUCUGGUAACCGGACCAAUUUUAACAAUGGCAACAAUUCUGGUAAUCGUAACUUCAACCAGAAUAACCAAAACAAUCGUAGCAACAAUGGGGGAAACAAUUUCAACAACAAAAACAAUCAAAAUCAAAAUAACCAAAACCGGAACAACCAAAAUAACCAAAAUCGUCAAACCGGUGGUGGAAACCAAAACAACAAUAGACGCUUCUAAGUUGUCGGUCUCAUCUAUAUUGAAAUUGGGUCAAUUUAUAUCGACGAAAAGCACACACUGAACUACUACGGAGGCGCCGGGUCGAUUUUCCAUCACUUGAAACAGCAUGUCGACCCACUUUGAAAUUAUCCGAAACGAACGAUUCAGUUCGUAGUAUUGUACGACAUUCUAUCGAAAUGGUUCGACUUUUCCAGCAAAUCGAACGAUUGUGGAACCGAUAAAUAUUUCGACUAAUUGUUUGAUGCGUAAGAUGAAAGGUGAACACAAUUAUGAAUAACAAUUUAAUGAGAGAACAAUUUCAAUAAUUGAGUAACAUAAAUCUUAUAUUUUUCACGAUUUGAUAAAUUUUAGAAAGAAUAUAUUGAUAAAUGUGCAUGAAAAUUAUCAAACAUAUACGAAGACAUAAUUAUUGUAUUUCAACAUAUUGGUAGUGUUUAUCAUUGUAUUUACAAUUAAGAUUUGUUUUUAUCUAUUCGCUACAUUAAUAAACUAUAAAUGGAACAGAAGUGAAAUUUCACACUAUACAUACAUAUAAAAACCGAAAGACAAAUUGAAUGAAAUGAAAAUUUGAAUCUAAAACAUUGUAGCACAAACCUUUAAAACAUUUUGACGAAAAAAUAGCAGUUUGUCGUUUUAAAAUAUUGAUCAACUCGUCGAAAAUUUUUUGCAAAUCUGCUUUGACAUUACAAGGAUUGAUUGGAUCUGUUAUCUUUCCCUCAUCGAGUAAAGACAAGUUUUAAUGAAACAAUUUAAAAUAACAAACAGAAAUCACAUAACAAUAUAAACUGUAUCUUAUAAUCGUAAGAGUUUGUCUUCACACCUUGAAAAAUCAAUUAAACAAUAAUAUGCAUAGUGGAAAUUUUCGCACUCAUCUUACUAAAGCGUGGCUGUCAACUGGAGUAAAAAAAACUUAAUUCUGUCAACUAUUCUGUUGGUGGAAUUUUUCUAUUAAAUAAAUAACCAUUGAGAAUGCAUGUGACAUUUUUUAUGAGAGGUGGCAGCAACGUGGUGCGCUAAAUGGUAGAAUUAAUAUUUUUGCCUUUUUUAUUUCUUUCAAUAGACUUUACUUUCUACACGUUUGAAUAAUACACAUAGAUAGGUACUUCGAUUUUUUUUCCUUUCACUUUUAAAUUUUGUCUAGCUUCUGCAGACAUUAAAUAAUUAAAACCAAGCCAAUUCAAAUCAGCAUUGGUUAUGGCACAAUUUUUCAAAAUCUGAUGAAUUGAAUGAAAAAACUGUUUAUUCGGAAGUUCAUUCCAUGUGUGCGGAGCACCGGUCUCCCAAGCAGCGAAAGCUGGAUGAGUAGUGUUUCAAUUGGACACUCCGGGCGAGAUUCGUUUGCGUUAGUUUUCACACAAGUUUGUCUUCAGAGUUUUUCUAAUGACGAUGUCUGGGCUGGACGAAAACGCGCCCGUACCCUGGAUCGGCACAGGCUGUCUCUGUUGCUAGUCAAGCGAGGGUAACGCCAGCCUAUUAAAGAGAAACCAUCAAACACCGAGAAAACGAACAGUGAAUGAAAGUUCAAUAUUUAAUAGCCGUAACAUUAGACACAACAUUAAUUUUAGUGUGAAUAAUGAUAAUAUAUUGAACUUAUAAAAUCA